CAAAUACACAAUCAUUUAUUUAAGGUCACUUAGGCUGUUGCAGCUUUCACCAGGUUAAAUAACACCCUGACCAACAUCUUCUAUGUGCAUGCACACGUUCCUUCCUAGAAAUUGAGGCACUAGAUCAGAAUGUGGGAACAUUUUUUUUUUUUUUUUUUUUGCCCUUGAGCCCUAUCGCCAAACUGGAUAACUGAGAUUUCUUGUUUGUUUGGGCAGGUUUGGUUUGGUUUGGUUUGGUUUUCGUUUGUUUGAGUUUUCACAGAGGGCUAGGCACACAGCCAGCAGAGAUUACGUGACUCAGGAGUAAGUCCUGUGUAGGUUCUCCAGGUUUUGGGGUGUGAACUAACAGCCACCUGGAGCCAGAGCAAGCUCUCUCCCUUCCCAGGAGCAGGGAGUGCUGUAAAGAACAGUGCCGUGAGCGUCUGUACCUUCCUAUGAGGCCUCUGGCACCAGGCCCAGUCAGAAAACAGGAAAACUGGCAGGUUAUAUUCAGCCUGGGACCUGAACCUUGUGAAGCCACCACCCAGCCCAGGUUGACGUGCCAGGCCACAAAGAGACAAACGGGCUCACCCCAGCCUGCUUCCUCUCUCCGGGACCUGCCAUGAGAACAUUGUGUUUUACAUGUGAAAUAUGCCUUGAACUCGCCUUGUCCUAGUAAUUACCCCCAUAAAAUAGAGCAGGGCACUAAGUGAAAACUUCCCGUAUUUAGAGACCCAGUCCUGCCUGCUUUUUAUGGCUGGUGCAGACUACGGGAGGACCAGAGUCGGGUCACUCUGCAGAGAGACCACUGAGAGACGGGUUGGUGGGAGCAGGCCAGGAAGGAAAGAGCCUCUGAAGGCGGACAGGAAGCUCCGGGCCCUGGCGAGGCCUUGGCGUGCUGAUGGUGGGCCAGAGCGUCCCUCCAGAGAAAGAAGAAUUAAUCCAGAGCCUGCUGACCCAGGUGGCAGAGCAGUUCUCAAGAGCAUUUAAAAUCAACGAACUGAAAGCCGAAGUCGCAAAUCACCUGGCCGUGCUAGAGAAGCGAGUCGAAUUGGAAGGCCUGAAAGUGGUGGAGAUUGAGAAAUGCAAGAGUGACAUCAAGAAGAUGCGAGAGGAGCUGGCGGCCAGGAGCAGCAGGACCAGCUGUCCCUGCAAGUACAGUUUUGUGGAUAACAACAGGAGGUUGACGCCUCGGCGUGAUGUCCCCACGUAUCCCAAGUACCUGCUCUCUCCAGAGACCAUAGACGCCCUCCGGAAGCCCACCUUUGACGUCUGGCUCUGGGAGCCCAACGAGAUGCUGAGCUGCUUGGAGCACAUGUACCACGACCUGGGCCUGGUCAGAGAUUUCUCCAUCAACCCCAUCACGCUCAGGAGAUGGCUGCUCUGCGUCCACGACAACUACAGAAACAACCCUUUUCACAACUUCCGGCACUGCUUCUGCGUGACCCAGAUGAUGUACAGCAUGAUCUGGCUCUGCAGGCUCCAGGAGAAAUUUUCCCAAAUGGACAUCCUGAUUCUAAUGACGGCGGCCAUCUGCCAUGACUUGGACCAUCCAGGCUACAACAACACGUACCAGAUCAACGCGCGCACGGAGCUGGCCGUCCGGUACAACGACAUCUCGCCCCUGGAGAACCACCACUGCGCCGUGGCCUUCCAGAUUCUCGCCCAGCCCGAGUGCAACAUCUUCGCCAACGUGCAGCCGGAUGGGUUCAAGCAGAUCAGACAGGGGAUGAUCACAUUGAUCUUAGCCACCGACAUGGCAAGACACGCAGAAAUUAUGGAUUCUUUCAAAGAAACAAUGGAGAAUUUUGACUACAGCAAUGAGGAGCACGUGACCCUUCUGAAGAUGAUUUUGAUAAAAUGCUGUGACAUCUCCAAUGAGGUCCGUCCGAUGGAAGUCGCGGAGCCCUGGGUGGACUGCCUGUUAGAAGAGUAUUUCAUGCAGAGCGACCGCGAGAAGUCGGAGGGCCUCCCCGUGGCCCCCUUCAUGGACCGGGACAAAGUGACCAAAGCCACGGCCCAAAUUGGGUUCAUCAAGUUUGUCCUGAUCCCGAUGUUCGAAACGGUGACCAAGCUCUUCCCCGUGGUGGAGGAGAUCAUGCUGCAGCCCCUUUGGGAAUCCAGGGAUCGUUACGAGGAGCUGAAGCAAAUCGAUGAUGCCAUGAAGGAGAAGACUGAGAGCCUGACGUCCUCUGGGGAAACCGACACGUCGAGAGAGGGAAGCGGAGAUGCGACCAAAAGCGAAGAUAAUGCCAUUCUGAAUUGACGUCUCGACUCGUAUGCACAGUCUGCGUGUCAUCCUGUGAUGUCCUGAACGCGCCUGCACGUUUUCAAUCCCGACAGAAGCAAACCAGUGGUCUCUUUCCUUUUCCAAGCAGAUGGAGCCCGAAGCCGGCAGGACAGUCACAGGCCGCGGUCCUGGACCAGGCGGGCCGAGCCUCGGGGGAGCCAUCCACACAGGGAGGUUGACUCCAUGCCUGACUCCACAAAACUGCGUUUUCUAAGAACUGUUUUGUUCACUGAUACAAAAAAAAAAAAAGGGAAUUCAUGAUGCUGUACAGAAUUUUUAUUUUUAAACUGUCUUUUAAAUAAUAUAUUCUUAUACAGAAACGGGUACUGUACUUCUUCUUUGGUAGUGAUGUGUAUCCUGGGGCUGCUCCUGAGGGUCCCCAGAGUCCCCUGGAGCUCUCGCGGGGAGACGAGGAACUGUGCUUUGCUCGCAGAUGUAUCGAGAACGGUUGCCCGGUGUGAUGUGAUGCUCCAUCCCGUGUAAAUUCAGAAUUAAAUCUCAGGCGGUGCCCGGA